GCUUGAAACUUGUUGAAUUCAAAUCCUCUCGGACGGGGAUUGCCAAACGCCCGUCAUUUCAUCAUUUAAAAAAGCCCUAAAAGGCUCCCUCACUCUCAACGUUACAUUUUUUUUUUUUUUUUUACAAACGGCUACUCUCUCUCAAUUCCUUAGCUUCCAGCAUUCUCUGCAGAACGAAAUCUCCAUUUCCAUGGAAGCUCCAGAUCCGAAACAGAACGAUAGAUACCGAACUGAAUUGCUCAAUCAGAGAAACAGUUCAUUUGGUAUGUCUAAUCUCCCAAACAAUAGGCUUGUGCAAAUGGAAACAACUUGCGGAUCUCUUCUAUAUGAACUUCAGAUGAUAUGGGAUGAAGUGGGAGAGUCUGAUUCUGAGAGGGACAAAAUGCUAUUUGAGCUAGAACAAGAGUGCCUAGAGGUAUACAAAAGGAAGGUUGACCGGGCAAACCGCUUUAGAGCUCAACUACGGCAAGCAAUAGCUGAUUCUGAAGCGGAGCUUGCAGCCAUAUGUUCUGCAAUGGGCGAGCUACCAGUGCAUCUCAGGCAGCCCGAUCAGAAGACAAAAACCUUAAAUGAAGAACUUAGGUCCACUUUACAACAGCUAGAGGAGAUGCAAAAGAGGAAAUGUGACAGGUUGAAUCAAUUUCAUGAAGUUUUAGAGCAAAUACAACAGAUCUCUAUGGAGAUUUCUGGAUCUGGAGAGUACACUACAUCUAAAAUGGUUGUGGAUGAAACUGAUCUGUCCAUGAGAAAGCUCGAAGAAUUACAUAGACAACUCAAGGCACUCCAAAAAGAGAAGAUUGAUCGCCUGCAGCAGGUCUUGAACCACCUAAACACAUUGAGCUCUCUAUGUUUAGUCCUGGGUAUGGAUUUUAAGCAUACUGCUGGUGAGGUUCACCAUAGUUUAGAUGAUUUUGAAGGAUCAAAGAACAUCAAUGAUGAGACAAUUGAAAGGUUGGCUGUUGCUAUACAGAGAUUGCGGGAGAUUAAGAUACAGAGAAUGCAGAAGCUUCAAGAUCUUGCAACUUCUAUGUUGGAGCUAUGGAAUUUGAUGGACACACCUGUUGAGGAGCAGCAGAUGUUUCACAGCAUUACCUGUAAUGUAGCUGCUAUGGAACACGAAAUAACUGAGCCCGACACUCUAUCAAUGGACUUCUUAAGCUAUGUGGAGGCAGAAGUUUUGAGGCUCGAAGAGUUAAAAGCAAGCAAGAUGAAGGAGCUUGUUCUGAAGAAGAGGUCUGAAUUGGAGGAUAUUUGCAGGCGGACGCGCAUGGCAGCUGAAACAGAUACUGCUCUAGAAUAUGCAAUUGAAGCUAUGGAGUCAGGAGCCAUUGACCCUUCCUGCGUCUUGGAGCAAAUUGAGCUUCGAAUUGCUGAGGUGAAAGAAGAAGCUUUUAGCAGGAAAGAAAUCCUUGAAAAGGUCGAGAAAUGGCUGGCUGCAUGUGAAGAGGAAAGCUGGCUUGAAGAGUACAACCGGGAUGAGAACCGAUACAAUGCCGGAAGGGGGGCGCAUCUUGCACUGAAGCGUGCUGAAAAAGCUCGUGCUAUAGUUACAAAACUCCCAGUGCUUGUGGAGGCAUUAGCAUCCAAAACGGCAGCAUCGGAGAAAGAAAGAGGCACUGAGUUCAGAUAUGAUGGUGUACGGCUUCUUUCCAUGCUUGAAGAGUACAGUUUAUUAAGAGAGGAGAAAGAGCAAGAAUGCAGAAGGCAGUGUGAUCAAAAAAGGCUUCAGGGACAACUGAUGGCAGAGCAGGAAGCACUUUUUGGGUCGAAGCCAAGCCCCUUGAAACCCCCAAGUGCAAAAAAAGUAGCUAGAACUUCCGCUUGUAGUGCAACUGCAAAUCGAAGAUUGUCAGUUGGUGGAGGGGCGUUGCAACCCUCAAAACUUGAUUUUUACCCUUCAAAACAAAUUCAUGGUUUGGCAACGGCUGCAGUUGUGUCCCACCCACCUAUAAAGGGCGAUCAACUACCGCAGGAUGACUCUCAGAUGGAUGAUGGUAUGACUGCUCUGCGUAAACCCUUCUCUCCGAUCAAUGCACUCUCCUCCAAGGUCACCGCAUCGAAUUGUCUGGAUCAUCCAAAUAGUUUCCAUAAUGGGAUUUCCCUGAAAUCAGUCCCAGUCAACAACACAUCCCUGACCACACCCUCCAAGCGGGCCAUUGUUCCUGAUGACCAGAACAGGACACCUAAGGCGGUUCCAACCCCUGCACCGGCAACUCCUUUGACAGUAUCUACACCCAUGCAGACAGCAACAACCUUGGGUACAGUUUCAGUUCCUUAUGGAACUAUAGCCACUGAUGUGCUGGAGGAAGAGAUUGAGUAUUCAUUUGAAGAGAGAAGAGCCGGUUUCCUCAUUCUGUAAAAUACAUUAGAAUUGAAUACAAAUCCACAUUCGAAUGAUUCCGGUUUCCUCAUUCUGUAAAAUACAUAAGAAUUGAAUACAAAUCCACAUUCGAAUGAUUUGAAUUUCGUCUCACAAAUUUCCACACUCGAAUGAUUUGAAUUUUGUCUCGCAAA